UGUUGGCUUCGAAAGGGGCUCAUGAAGAGGGCGACCGGGAGCUGCUGAGCCCUGAGCGGCCUGGAUCUGCGAAGGAGCAGGAUGUAUACGCUGCUGUCCGGGCUGUACAAGUACAUGUUCCGGCGGGAUGAAUACUGCAUCUUGAUUCUCGGGCUGGACAAUGCUGGGAAAACGACCUUCCUUGAACAGACCAAGACACGGUUUUCUAAGAACUACAAAGGCAUGAGCUUAUCCAAAAUUACAACCACUGUGGGCUUGAACAUUGGCACAAUAGAUGUGGGCAAAGCUAGGCUAAUGUUCUGGGAUCUUGGAGGACAAGAGGAACUUCAGUCUCUCUGGGACAAGUAUUAUGCCGAAUCUCAUGGUGUCAUCUACGUUAUCGACUCCACCGACGAGGAGAGGCUUUCGGAAUCUAAAAGAGCUUUUGAGAAGAUGAUAACCAGCGAAGUCCUGGAAGGUGUUCCACUUCUGGUUCUAGCUAACAAACAGGAUGUAGAGGGCUGCCUGUCGAUCCCAGACAUCAAGACGGCAUUUAGCGACUGCAUCAACAAGAUUGGCAAGAGGGACUGCCUGACCCAAGCCUGCUCCGCUCUCACUGGCAAAGGGGUGAACGAGGGGAUCGAGUGGAUGGUGAAAUGCGUGGUGAGAAAUAUCCAUCGCCCUCCAAGGCAGAAGGACAUCACGUAGAGAGCCACGGAGGAACUGGGUUCCAGACGUCUUUUGUCCUGGACAGAAUCGCUUUGCUCUGUUUGUCUGUUUCUUUCUUUCUCUCUCUCUCCUCUUGGAAUGAAAUCUCCAGAACUCCUGGCCCGUUCCUAGUUUGGGCGUGUUGAACGCACGCACCGUGUCGUCUUUUGGUGUCUUGCAAAAGAACUCCUCAACUGUGAAGGAUUUUAACCGAAGAUCUACUGAUUUCCUCUACUCCCUUACUGCAUAGGCUGUGGUCAUCGCCCCUUGGAGAUGGGGGCCCCAUAAGAGCUCAGGGCCCUUGGGUCCCUCUGUAUCACCUUUACUUGUGAGACUGAAAAUUCUUGGGUUGGCUGAUCUCAUGGAAACGUAUGCUCGAAAUACAUUGAGUAGCACACAUUCCGGUUGCCGUUGGAAGCGUCUGGGUGUUUUUCCAAACCUGAGUUCGUGGCCACGGGUCAACGGGGCUUGGAAGUGGGAGGUGACCGUUCCUUUGUAACAAAGAAAGCAACUCACCAGCCCCGUGAGUGGGCAUAAAGGGCUGUGGCCCUGGUUAUAUUUGCAUUAGUACAGGGUUACAACUGAUGUAUAGAUUUUAUUUCUCAUUGGUUUUGUGACUGCAGGUGCAGAGAUGGGUACUGGCCGACAAAAACUCUCUUUGGAUGACGUUCACCUCUGGUUGCCUCAGCUAAGCAGAGAAAAUUAGCUGGGAACUGUUCUCUUGUGGAGCCAAUAACGCUCUCUAUAUUUCCAGGAUCCAGAGACGCUGUAUGAAGAUUGUUAUCCAAUAAAGUUUCAUAUCCCACUUUGCCUCCAUUGGGGGA